UCAUGGCAGUGCUACUAUGCUGGUAACUGGGGUAGGGAAAUUUACUGAAUUGGGAAGGCUCAGGGCUAGCGCCGAUUCAAAAGACACGGAGAAACGGAAGAAUAAAACCCACUUGCAGGUGCUUUUAAAGGAGGUUGCUACCUUCAUGGGUGCUGUCGGAUUCAUGGUUGCUGCCAUUGUUGCAUAUGUUGUUUGGAUCAGAGGCUUCUUUACUGGUGAUAGUUCAAAUGGAAGUCGUGAACCUGGAAGUACACUUGAAGAAGUCAUUCGAAUUAGUAUUAUUGCAGUCGCCAUUUUUGUCGUUUCAUUACCUGAAGUGCUUCCUUUAGCUUUCAACAUAAGCCGUCUCAGCUCAAUGAAAAAGAUGAAGGCAGACAACAUCUCGGUGCGGAGGCCAGCUGUAUGUGAAACCAUGGCCUUAUGCACUGAUGUAGUCUGUGACAUGACUGGAAUUACUUUGGCCAACGUGGUAAUUUUUUAUUACAGCUUGAAAGUUCCGUAUUAUGAUUAUGGGCGAGUAAUCACAACAAGAAAACCAUUCAAGAAGUUAAAACCUUGAGGAUAGUUUUCGCAA